AGAAACAUUUGAUCAUGGCCCUAUAAAUGUAAAGUUUCAUUUUAUUAUUAUUUUUCUAUCUUCAACAUCAUGAAAUAGAGAGGUUUCUUAAUUUACUCAUGUUUUUCUGCACAUGUUACGUGUUUGAUUUUAACUUUUAAGGUAUGAACCAGAAAUUGGCUCUAUGUUUUCUUCAUGGAAAUGAUGAUGAAAAUAAUUUGAUCAGUGAUAUCUCAUUAUAUUAAUGGAGAAAGGAAUAUUUACAAGGUUUUUUAAUUUGAUAGUGAGAGAAGAUAAAGGUAUGAAGAAGCCUAUUCUACUCAAAUGUGGUUUGGCUUUGGCUCUUACCUUUGCUGGUUUUCUCUUCUCUCAUUUUAAAACAAGAAGGAUCAAGCCUUCCCCUAAAGGACCCCCUUCAGGCCAUGCUAGUGAAGUUAAUUCAAGAGGUAUAAGUGCAUCAUCAAGUUUUUGCAACAUUCAUUCAGAAGGAAAUAAUUUGGAAUAUGAAGAAACAUGCAUCAGCAAGGUGGUAUGUAGAAGUUCUCCAAUUGUUGUGUCACCGAGAACUAAGAAAAAUGACGAGAAAGACGAUUUUCUCCUCCCCGAGCACAAUGACUCUCCAUCAACAUAUGCAAGUCUUGAAAAAGAUGCAUAUGAGCAAGAGAUCAGAAAACUGAAGAACAUGGUCAUAAUGCUUCAAGAGAGGGAAAGAAGUCUCGAGGUUCAACUUCUUGAAUAUUGUGGUCUAAGAGAACAAGAAACCGUUGUAAUGGAGCUUCAAAACAGGUUGAAAAUAAGUAACAUAGAGGCAAAGAUGUUUAACCUAAAGGUUGAGACACUGCAAUCUGAGAAUAGGAGAUUAGAGGCACAGGUUGCUGGUCAUGCAAAAGUUUUGGCAGAACUCGAGGCUUCGAAAACAAAGGUUAAACUUUUGAAGAAGAAAAUUAAGUAUGAAGCCGAACAGAAUAAGGAGCAUAUUAUAAAUCUUAAACAAAAGGUUUCCAAGUUGCAAGACCUUGAAUGCAAAGCUGUUGCUAAGGAUCAAGAAAUUCAAAUGAAGCUUAAAAGGCUUAGUGAUCUUGAGGCUGAGGCGGAACAGUGUAGGAAAUCUAAUUUGAGAUUGCAGAUGGAUAAUUCUGAUUUAGCUACAAGACUGGAUUCUACACAGAUCCUUGCAAAUUCUGUUCUCGAAGAUCCAGAAGCAGAUGCUCUAAGGGAAGAAAGUGACCGUCUCAGACAAGCAAACGAAGACUUGACGAAGGAAAUUGAGCAACUAAAAGCUGAUAGAUGCACAGAUGUUGAAGAACUAGUUUAUUUGAAGUGGCUUAAUGCUUGUUUUAGACAUGAAUUAAGAAACUAUCAACCUGCACCUGGCAAAACAGUUGCAAGGGACUUAAGCAAAAACUUAAGUCCAACUUCUGAGAAGAAAGCUAAGCAGCUUAUACUUGAAUAUGCAAAUGCUGAAGGAAGAACAAGCAUUUCUGAUUUUGAUUCUGAUCAAUGGUCCUCCUCACGAGCUUCUUCUUAUGUAACAGAUCCUGGUGACAGUGAUGAUUAUUCUCCUCUUGAAAAUCCGUCCGAUGCACGAGUCAACAAUGCCAAAAACAAGUCCAAGAUCUUCGGAAAACUUAUGAAACUGAUAAGAGGAAAAGAUAGUAGCAAUCAUCUCAGUGGUAGUGUUACAUCUGUAGAAAAAUCUAGAUCUAGAGAAGAUAGCAUUAACGAUGGUCUUAAAAGUGAGUAUGAAACUCUCACCGACAUGUCUCAAAAUUCUAUUGAUUUAAACAGUACAUUAAGUUUGAAGGAAGAGACUAGGAGAAAUUCUGAUGUUGGAAGCUUAAAGAAUUUCGGUCGAAGGAAAAGUGUCGCGGGAGAUUUGAAAUUUAUCACUCAGUCUUUCUCAGAUUCUUAUGCCUCAGAGAAAUCUAAUUUGAUCAAAUAUGCUGAAGCUUUAAAAGACUCCACUUCUAGUGAAACUCCUCCUAAACCUUUAUUAAAUAGAAGAUCAUCAUCAUAUAGUUCAUUUUAACUUAAUUUAGAAAAAAAUUACCACCUUUUCCCACUGUAAAUAUUGCAGGUUAUGCAGUAGCCAAUUCUGAUAUACCACAGCAGGUUAUUUAUUAUGUGUAAUAAAUAAGGAUGCAUUUGUAAUCAGUUGUAUAAAAGUACUCAUCAACUCAGAGUUUUCCAACACUUUCUUCUUUA